GGGAAUUCCCCUUGACGUCGUUCUCUCGCCAUUGAGAACACUGGACAUAUUCCUACAGGCAGUUGACAGACCGCCAGUUGACAGACCCACAGUUGUCGUUUAAUCCGGAGCUCAUCACGUACGGGUAAACAAGGGUCUGCUUUACUGGAUGCGAGAUUGUCAUAUCACCAGGGCUUCUCCAGCUACGGGGUAGGCGGCGUCAGAAAUAGAAAUUCAAUAUGGCGGCCAAAAUGGCAAUGACGUUUCACCAGGUGUCGCACUGCCCGAUCUGCAAGGAGGCGAUGACGAAGCCGCGCAUCACGGAGUGCGGCCACACCUUCUGCCAGGCCUGUCUCAGCACUCACCUGAUCUCCAAGGGCGACAGAUCCCUUGACCGGAAGGUCAAGUGCCCGCUCUGCAAGAAGAGUCUAAAGAUCCCCAAGGGGGGAAUAGAGAAGUUCCCCAUCAACUACGUGGCCGUUCAGGCGAGGUCGGCAGCGGACGAGGCGGACCGGAUCCCUACAAACACUCACUGUGCGGCGUGCCAAACCAGAUCAGCUGAUGGCGUGUUCUGCCAAGACUGCAAGGAGUAUCUAUGUGGCCUGUGCGGGAAGAAACACCAGGCGGUGUUCAACGGCCAUGACGUCACAGAGAACAUGGCCAAUGUCCCCACCGCCAAGUGCACAGACCACCCUGGGAAGACGGUCAACUUUUUCUGUUCCCACUGCGCAGCCGCCGUGUGUCCACUCUGCGCAACCAGCUCUCACUCCGAGGCGCCGCACAGAGUUACCCCCCUUGUGGAAGCAAAGAAUGAGGUCGUGGAGCUUGUAAAAGGCAAACUUCUCACUCUGAAAGACAAGAAGAAGAAACUUUCAGGAGCCCAGGACAGGGUCGAUAGGAUGCGGCAAUCAGCGGUAGAUAACUAUGCUCUACAGAAAGGCAUGGUAGAGUCCACAGCUAACGACGCUGUGCGGAGAAUACGCGAGGAAGAACGAAACCUGCAAAGGAGGAUCCAGGAUCUCCAUGACAACAACAUCAAGAUGCUUGACCAACAGGAUCGCUCAGUGGAAGAGAAAUCCACCUCGCUGGAUACUACCCUGAAUCAAGUCGAGGCAGUGUUGAAUGACAUCAACAUAUCAGACUUCCAGAGCAGGAGUCUUCAGGUGGAGCAGAGGCUGAGAGAAAUAGAAGAUUGGUCGAAUGCUGUGGACAGGGACCUGGCCAUCCACGACUACACCUUCAAGGGAGACGGGAACUGUAUCGGUCUGGGGUGCAUCACGUUGCCCAAACAUGGCUCCUACACUGAUAUAGACCUCCUGAAGUCUGGUGUAUACGAGGAGGGGGAGGAGUUGGUGGUGGAGGAGGAGUUGGUGGAGGAGGUGGAGGUGGAGGAGGUGGAGCGGGAGGAGAUGGAGCGGGAGGAGAUGGUGGAGGUGGAGCAGGUACAGAGGCGGAGGAGGCCAGAACAACCUGAACCCCUACCAAGGCCUGUGAUGAGAGAUCAGACAGAGCGGAAGGCCUAUAUUGUAGGGACUCCUAUGCUGGUAUCAAGCUACGUGCUGGGGAGCGGGGUUGACAGCAGUCCCAUCACCAUGGUCGGAGUCGGGCUGAUGCCGCAUGAUGAAGUGGUCUGCGCCUACAACACAAACAUCAUGGGCCAGGUCGUGAUGUGUUCCAGCGUCGACAAGCAGCAGGUGGUGUACCACAGGAGAAAGGGCAUUGCUGCGUUCGCCAUGUACAGAGAGGAAGAGUGUGGGGUGGUCCUCUAUGACGACUGUAACGCGAGUCGGCUGUUCCUCAACCCCCUUCCCUCAGACCGGGAGGCCACGUGCAGGACGCACAAGAUCAGCUGUAAGGUAGCCAACAUCGGAGCCCUGGCCUUCCAUCUCGACGGUGUCAUUGUCCUCUUCGACAAGGACAAAAAAUGCCUCACAGGCAUCGACCGCCAGAGCAAGCGCCCCUUCAACCUACAGGGCAACCGGAACGAGAAGGACGGAUGUUUCAGCACCGUUACUGCUCUCGCUAGCGGCCCACAGGGGGAGAUAAUCCUGUAUGAUGGUGAGAAGCGUCGCCUGGCUAUCUUCAGUAGUGAUACUAAGUUUCUGAACUACAUCGACCUGGGCAGCCUCAGCUCCUCCUGCAGCAUUGACUGCGACGACUACGGGAUGUUGUUUAUUGCCGACAGAAAGCAAGGCAGGGUCGUCAGGUGCGCCAUCUCUGGCCAGGAGGACAUCGUGGAAGUGUUGAAUGCGACCCAUGGCAUCACGUAUCCCUGCUGCCUGUGUGUCAGCGACACCAAGCUGGCCGUGGGGAAUGCCAAGUCUUUCAGUGAAGGGGAAAUCCGUGUAUUUGAAUUAGGUGUGUUUGUGUCAAAUGAUUGAUGUCCGAAGCUUGUUGUCAGCACCGAAGAUGCCAUGCCAAAUGUUGUCCUUUUGUUCACAUGAGAUCCUCUAUAACUGUUGGGGCGGUCGGGUACUCACUCACUCACUCUAUAACUGUUACAGAGGGGGAGCAUCUGGCUGAACAUCUGGAUGACCUCUUUUCCCGGGAUCUGCUGCUUUUCAGUUCCAAGAAAAGAACGCCAUCGCACACUGAGAUUCCGACGCACUGCCAACAUCAGAUAAAGCAUACCAGGAAUAUUAAAACAUAGUACCAUAGAGAAUCCAACCCAGGUCGGUGUGACGAGUGAAUACUUUAAGCAGGCGGCUAACCUGCGUACAUGAUGGCUAUUCCGCGUUAUUGCAAGGGCAUGGCACCAACAACAGGUGUGACGUCAUCUCCGCGAACUUUGGUCCACAAGUUCAAGGCUCUAGGCUGGGCUCCGUCUCUUCAUAUCAUUGGAUGAAGCGCAGCGAUAGGAAGGAUAUAGCCUGGUUCUACAGUCGAGUAUCAUUAUGACGGACUAAUUAAGAUCCAUCGCGUUGGGGGACCAAUGAGGAGCAGUGUUACAUUGUGACAAGUGUACCUUGUACGUCUUGACCUUUGCAAACUCAAAGAAUUAUAUGGCGGUCGUUGUCCUGUGCACAGCGCACAAACCACAAGUCGGGUUAAUUUAAGCAACGUCGGUCGCUGAGUGUUGCUGGAUGAGUGACCGUGUUUAGCAGCUGGGCUCCUGAGAGUGUCUAGGGCUUCGGUCCCGCCCCACACUGAAGCACAUGUAGCACCCCGUGCCCCCAAGUUACAAAAGAGAAUGCUCUACUUACCAAAAGAAAUCACAUGCUCCACACUAUCGAGUAGGCCAACAUGCAUGGGGACUUCACACGGAGCCGCCUCAAGCGGUGAUCCCCAUCAUCAUCAGGAGCACUCCAGCCUAAGUAUGACACCAACCCAAAGUGCACAGAACGUUUACAGGAACCCAUUUUCAGAACCAACCGGAUCUCGAUUUCUUUCCAAUUCUAGCUUUACUAUGUGCAACUGCUAUUAUAGAUGAAUGACAUUGCCAAUGGACGUACCUGCAAUGGAAUGUGUACAUGUCAGACGGAUGACGUCACGAUAAAAGGGCUUCGGUCCCGCCCCACACUGAAGCACAUGUAGCACAUGUGGUGUCUCCUUAGGCACGUAACUUUGUUCGAAAGGUGCCUCUGUUCAUCCAGCAGUGAAUGGGUACCCGGUAGGAUGUGAUUGUCAACCUUCUCGCGUAACAGCAUGGGAUGUACACUCUCCGGGAAGCCGAGAGUGAAAAUUAAGCGCAAACUAAACAAUUCACCUUUGUAAUAUUGUAGCGCUUUAAGCAUAUUUUAGUGUGUACAUAAAUAUGUACAUUAAUAUUAUUAUUGUUACUGUUGUUGUUAUUUGUGUACCAUCAACUCCGCCGGACAUCAGGACACAACGAUACAUCACGUCGACAGGCAGUCUACCGCUGGGGUGAGCUUGUACAUCUCUGCGCCCAUUGUCCCAACCUCUAGGCGCAUGCGUGGAAGAACCUGUCGGACCAAUCAGCUGUUUCCCCCGAUUGUAUACCGUUAUGUCCCUGCACAUUAUGACACUGAUUACACGUAACACUAUUAUCUGUACAGGUUUUUGUGAUAAAAACUACGGUUCCUGAAAUCAGUUUGGUGCAGAUGACCAUAUCAGCACAGUUUUUUGUGAUAUAACUGCCAUUCCUGAAAUCUGUGGAGUAUGGAUGACGAUAUUAUUAUUGUAAAAAAUAUUAAUGUCCCGAGAAGCGUCCAUAAACGUGUAUUCAGAAUCAGUUGACCUACAUGAAGUGGCAGAGCUGUGGGUGAAUGUGGCGGACUCCACCUCCAACUUAUGUGCCACGGAUGAUCACAUAAUAGAUACAUCGCAAGAGAUUCCGUGACAUUUGGCUUACAAAGAAUUGGGGUUUUUUCAUUUUUUUUUCAAUUAACCGUAAAAAUAGGCCACGCCCACACGGACUACUGUGUCCUGAUUGGCUGAUAAUAGAAUGGGCGGGGCUUCUGCUGCAUUAUUCCGCUGAGCGAUGUGACUGAGUUCAUGAUGUUGUCGACAGUUUGUUUGUGUUCGUGAUUAAAUAAGUUGUCUGAAGUUA